AUGUCAAAGCUCAGCUGUGACUUUGGUGGUGCGCCUUUUCCGGGCGGUUCUUCUCAAAAAGUCACACCAAAAACGCCUUUGCAGCUCCACAUCAUAGGCAUUUACUUAUUGAUGUUACAUCGGCUUACCGUACAGUACACGCUGCAACGUCGCGUCGGCUGUCGGGAAAGAGCAAUUCUUCUCAGUUGUCACGCAUGGCUCGAGCAAACUGCGCAUUGGCAGAGUCGCAUCAAGGGUCCGAACCAUCACCAUAGCCAGCACCUUAGAGAGCAUCAUCAUUCGGAGCAGAGUGAGCUGGAAAAGCACACAGUCAUGGUCUCAGCAUCACCAGCGCCAGACGACGACGGUGCGGUCGGCGCCAAGACACAGCCCUCGAACCCGCCAGCUCUGGCUAUCGUCAGGCAGAACGCCUCCAACCUCCCACGCAACCUUCCGGUCAAAAGAUACGACGGUGACCCGCUCGGCAGGGCAGAUGUGCAGCAUCAGCUCCUCUGCUACCUCUUCGCCGACACAAGACGCGUUUUCACGAAUCCAAGACCGAUCGACAAAGCUCAGGAUGGCAAGGCGAGCGGCUCAGGUCCAGUGCAUCCGAUCGCUGUGCCUGCGCCCGUCUAUCCAUUCGGCAUGUCGGCAGGCUGCAUAAGGCCAAGUGGCGAGACCGAGGAGGAGUUUCAGGAAUGGCAGCAGUCCAGAGAGCGCUACCUUCGCUGGAAGAAGCGUCUCGACCGCAAGGAAAAGCAAGCUCGCAAAGCUGCAGCUGCUGCCGCCGCCGCUGCAGCCGCUGCCAAAUCCGCCGAGGAGGGCGCCAACCACGAUGCCGAAACCAAUGGAAACGAUGAAAGGGACGAGCUCGCCGACGGUGGUAACGACGACGAAGCCGACGCAGCUCAGGCAGAUGGUGGGGCUGACGAUGAGGAUCUCGACGAAGACAACGAGCCUUUUGACGAGGACGAAUACCCCAAAGCUGGUGCGCCCAAGCUCACCUUCAAGGAACUCUACAUCGAGGCCCUUCUCAACAGCACCAAAUGUACAAAGUCUAUGCGCGACAAGGUUCUUGACGACGAAGAAUACGCAGAAGACUUUGCCAAGGUCUGUCUUCUGGUCAAUGUCGGUCGUAUCAACACCACCCUCGCCUUCUACCCAGAGAUGAAGACCAUUCUUCGCUCGUACCAUCCCAUCCCGUCUCUGCAGAACAACGAAAACACGAGACGCAACAUGCAGGAUGCUCCUCGAAUGAAGUCGCUCCUCAAAGGCGUCCUCAUCGAUACGGAGCGUCCCGCUCCUCCCACCGCCGGGCCAUCCGCAGGCCAGCCCAUCAAGCCGCCCAAACCGAAUGCGCUAAGCGAAGAAGCUCCCUCUGAUUUCCGAGAGGUCAUCAAGCGCUUCCGAGCAGGCACGACGCCACCGACGAGUGUAGUGACGCUCAUCUUCCUGCUCUCACUGCACGCCAACGAAGUCACCGAUAUGCAUUUCCCUACACCGCACGACUCGCACUCGAUGUUCUACCCGCACGCAGAUCACCCGCUGCCAUCAAGGCAAAGAGCAAACGCUUUCAUGUGGAUCCUCUACCAUUAUCUCGAAGGUCCGGCCACUCGACCUCCAGGCGAAAUGCCCAACCCUUUCGACGACGAGACGUCUCGAAACGCUGCCAAAGACGCUGCAGAGGCGUACGCCAAUGCGCUCACGGAUGAGGACAGGAAGAAGCGCGCCAACAUGCCAUGGAAGGGUAUCGUCAAUCCGGAGUGGCAGAAGUGGAAGCAGGCGCAGGACAAGGCCGGUGCGGAAGGCGACGAAGGCGGGAUCCGUAUCGCGAAGAAGGACGCGAGCGAGGAUGUGAAAAAGGAGACGGACAAGGAUGGUGACGUGACGAUGGACGAGAAUGCCGAUGGAGAGGACAAGAAGGAGGACGGCGACAAGGAGCCACCGUCGCAUCUGCAUCGCUUGCUGGUUCCCACGCUCGUCACCAUGACCAAAGAAGAGGCGGCAAAGGAGAACGUCGAUACCGAGGAGGAGAUCCGAUGGGGUAAGCAGAUGCAAUCUGAGCGAGCUACCUUCCUCGCCAAGUUCCAAGACGAGGAAGCUGCCAAGAACGCCGCUUCCACCGGUUCACCCGCUCCUUCCUCUAACGCUGCCGGUGGGAAAGGCCGACGCAUUGGCGGCAACACCACAGCAGCCGACCGCGGAUCACCCUCCGAAGCUGACACUUCGCGCCACAAACGACGUCACCCGAACGCAGCAGCUGGCGACAUCUCCAAACGAUCCCGCAUGGCCAGUCCGAUCGACUUUGACGAUUCCGAUUCGGACGCUGACGGCGCCGCUGCGACCACCGGUGUCGCAGCUGCAUCGGCCAACCCCCUCACCACCGAUCCGUACCUCAACCCGAACGUCAGCAUCUCGGAUCGAAUCCGUCGACCGCUCUGGGACCUCGAUCUGAGCGUUCCACGACAACACCAGAUCACGGAUUCCCUACCGCAGAUCGCAUGGACACGAAUCCUGGAGCGCGCACAACGCGGCGUAGGCGACGCGUGCUACGAAAGCGACGAGGACGAGUUCGCGCUCGAAGAGGCGCAAGAACCGGAACGCAGUCGUGCUGAGAUCUGUCGCAUCUUGACGGGGUUGCAGGGUGUGGUGAGUCACGAGGUGUUUGAUAAGGACAAUCAUGAGGUGAGGUUGAAGUAUGGGGGGUACGAGAGACAAGAUGAUCAAGGGUAUGAGGAUGGCAGGGAGUACGAGGGGUAUAGGAGGGGUGAGGGAGAGCGCAGGAGGGAGGAGCUGUAUGAGAGUAGUACGCCGGUUCCGAGGAGGACGUAUGAGGAGGGAGGCGCUGGAAGGGGCGAGGAUGGUGAUGAGCUGGAGGAGGCGUUGUUGGGUGGAGAGGGGGAGAGAAGGAGUGUGGGCAGGAACGGGUAUACGCCUGUUCGCGUUUGA